AUGUCCUGCUACAGCCCCUGCCGGCCCUGCCAGCCCUGCGGCCCGACCCCGCUGGCCAACAGCUGCAAUGAGCCCUGUGUCAGGCAGUGCCAGGACUCCACCGUCGUCAUCCAGCCCUCCCCCGUGGUGGUGACCCUGCCCGGACCCAUCCUCAGCUCCUUCCCACAGAACACCGCCGUGGGAUCCUCCACCUCCGCUGCCGUUGGCAGCAUCCUCAGCUCUGAGGGAGUGCCCAUCAGCUCCCGGGGCUUUGGCCUCUCUGGCUUGGGCAGCCGCUUCUGCGGCACCAGGUGCCUCCCCUGCUAAAGCUGCUGGAGAUGGUCCUGGGGAAGGUCCCCAGGGACCCAGAAGAUUGUAGCAGUCUGUGUACAGAUUAUCAGGUGUUUGCUUUCAGAGGGUCUGAGCAAUCCCAGCACCUCUUGAAAAGGAUGGAGCCAACCUGGACCUUUCCCUCUUGUUUCCUUGUUCUCUUGUACUCCCCUGGCCUGUGAUCCCCACAAGGCCACCCUAGGGAGGACUUUAUGUCCCAGCUCCCUCCUUGGGCAGGCGGAUGGACAGCUCUCUGGAUCUCUGCUUUGGUCUUUGGGCAUAUACUCUUUUAUUUCACCGGUGCUCUAUGCAAUAGGGUCUCCACUCAAUGGACAUUGUUUCCUUCUUUUGACCCAAUAAAGUUUUGCUGCAUCACAU